AUGUCUGACGCCGCCGUUGCUGAAACCGGUUCAUUCAAAUUGUCCGCUUCGGCUUCCAAGGAACCUAAAGCAAAGACUGCUGAAAAGAAAAAGAAGGCUCCCGCCGCUGGUGAAAAGAAAAAGAAGGUCGCCCCUAAAAAGGCUGCCGGCGAAAAGAAGACAGCUGCCAAAAAACCAUCUGCCGCCAAAAAGACCGCUGAAAAGAAGAAGGCUGACAAAACAAAGGCCAAGGCUGCCAAGAAAACCGGUACAGUUAAGGCAAAACCCGCAAAGACCGCCGCUAAAGCAUCUGCCACCAAACCAAAGGCACCCAAGGCAAAAACAGCCGCUGCUAAGCCCAAAAAAGCCGCAGCACCAAAGAAGCCAGCUGCCAAGAAAGCCGCCGCCAAGAAGUAA